UUUAGAAAGAAAAAGCUAAAAGAAGAUGAGCCACUUUUGCGGCUUCCACAAGCUUGUGGUGUUGUUGAUCAUCUUCAUCUUCUUCGCCGCAGCAUCGGCAUUGGGCGCCCGCGUCGCCCAAGAAAACCUGUUGUUCGAAGAGUCCAGCCGAGAAGAGUUGGUGCAAAUUGCUGGAUAUGGGGAGGAGAAGCUCUCCACCGUGCUUGUCACCGGUUCAAUCCAUUGCGAGGCGUGCCUGCAUGCUGAUGAUCAACUUCGUGCCUGGCCCGUAUCAGGUGCUUUGGUGGCCGUCAAAUGCCAUAACCCUGGGAAGAAGAGUAGAUCAAGAUGGGCACAACAAGGUGUCACCGAUGAAUUCGGAGAUUUCAUUGUGGAUCUUCCUUCCCAACUCCAUGCAGUCCCCAACUUGGAAAAAACAUGUUCCAUUACAGUUCUUCGAGUCCCAAAGGACUCACCCUGUCGGCCAGUUUAUGUCAGAAAACAAAAGGGACUGAGACUGUCAUCAGCUGGGAACAGCAUUCGCAUUUACAACGCUGGAAGGAUAAAGUUCCUGCACAUGACUUCUAGACCUUUGGAAGCAUGCAUGAAGAGAAGUGGUGACAAAGAGAUGAUAUGGUAGGCAAUAUAUAUAGAGCACCAUGGCUCAUCUGGAUGGCGCUUCAGUCACAGCAUUGAGU